UUUGGGGGCAUACUCAAUUGAUAAAAUCCAAACAACUACAAGGAGUGCACGGCUCAGUUGCCCAAGCCAAGCACCCCGAGCUGAAAGGCCAUGCCCAGCACUCGUGAGCGGAUCAAGACGGCGAGCGAUUUGGAUAGGAUACCCACACCGGUGCGCAGAUCUAAAUGAUGAGUUUAAAGGGAUCGCCUUGGAAAAGUUCCACGAUGAUGCGAAAAAAGAAAGAAAGUAUCAAGUCAAACUUUGUCAAUGGAGGAUAGGACAUACACAAGGAAGACUUUAUGGAAUCUUUUCCUUGUUACAUUUGUUAUUAUUGUUUCAUUUUAAGCCUCCAAUAUUUCAAGGUUCGGGCUUGGCUUGGCUUGGUUUGUUCCGACUUCCAACUACAUUCUCAGAGAGGAAAACCAACACAAGAUCUGCAUUAUGUGUUCUCUAGAGAAGCAAGGUAACAUCUAUAUCCUCACCUUAACCGGUCCCGACGAGCAUCGCCUGAACCCUACACUCAUCGACUCCAUCCAAUCAGCUCUCCGCCACAUCCGCGCCGGGCCGGCCUCCCCUUCCUCCGUCCUCAUCACCACCGCCCAUGGCAAGUUCUUCUCCAACGGCUUCGAUCUUUCCUGGGCCGACUCCUCCAAGCCCCGCCUCAAACUCAUGUCAUCCAAAGUGCGCUCUCUCGUCGCCGAUCUCCUCUCUCUCCCCAUGCCCACCGUCGCCGCAAUAACCGGCCACUCCUCUGCCGCCGGCUUCUUGCUCGCCUUGAGCCACGACUAUCGUUUGAUGAGGAAAGACCGAGGGUUUCUUUACAUGAGUGAGCUCGAUAUAAACAUGGUGAUUCCCGCUUAUUUUAUGGCUUUGAUCAAGUGUAAAGUCGGGGAUAAGGCGGCGAGGAGGGAGAUGAUCAUGAAGGCAACUAAGAUGACGGCGGAUAUGGCGGUGAAGAGCGGAAUUGUGGACUCGGUGCACGAUAACGCGGAGGAGACUGUUAAGGCGGUAAUUUGGCUCGGGGAGGAGUUGGUAGGGCGGAAAUGGGACGGACACGUCUACGCUCAGAAUAGGCUGGCGGAGGUGGGAGAGGUGCUGGACAAGAUUGGGUAUUAUGAGACUGUAGAAGGCCAAAAUGGGAAAGAUACUAAAUCCAGACUUUGA